AUGGAGACCAUCACCGCGAUCGCUACGUCCCUCUCCACCUCCAUCACCGCUCUAUUCCAACGCAUCAACACCAAUCGCUUCUCAUACCUGAUCUACCCGGCCGCCCUAGCCGGCGCUGUGGGAUCGUUCUUCCUCGCCCGCGCCGCGCGCGCCGACUACAAAACCUAUCUCAGCUACGGACCCGGCGGUCCACCAUAUAAUGUUCUGGGCUGGUUCGUGACCAGCACGGUGGUCCGGGCCAUGACGAUCGACGGGUUCGACCUGCGGAAAUGCGACAAGGAUCUCGACCGCAGGACCUGGUUGGGCCCGGACUGGGAGAAAGGAGCGGAGAAGCAUGUCCGGACGGGCGGGAGGCCUAAGAUCGGACCGCAUCCCGCGCCGCAGAGACAGCUUGAUCAGUUGCCUGGGAGGGAGGUUCAGGAGAAACUCCUAGCCUCAUUCACCUCCAUCGUCGCCCACAACCCAACCCUAGUACAAUUCAAACCCUCCAUCUACGAACGUCGCCACGAGGCCAUCUUCAUCGCAGACACCUGUCCCGUCACCACCAAAGACGUCUUGGGCUACCCCUUGCCCGCCGAGAUCUCGCAUAUCCACGCCACCACGGAUUAUUCGGUCCAUGUCGUCCUGUCGCCCCGGGAUGCCGCGACAGUCAUCCGCGCGGGUUGGGGCCAGUUGCAUGGUCUGGCCGGGCUCAGUGUGGCGGGGAUUACGGUGCUGCCGAAAUCCUAUGUUCUGCUGUACGCACCGAGGAACGAAGACGAGGUGCACGUCGUCAUGGAGAUCGUUCGCGCGUCGAUCGGGUAUAUGACCCAGACGGAGAUGGAGGGGGUCAAACCUGCUUAG